AUGGUCGCUCCCGUGAAGACGCGCUUCGCGAGCGAGACCCGGUUCGCGGGCGAGGCCCCGUCGCCGACGGUCGCGCGCGGGCUCACUCGGGGCGCGUCGUCGCUGACGAAGUUCCUUCAGGCCAACGACGACCUCGCGCGGAAGUACGAGGGCGCGUUCGACGCCGGGGUGAAGUCGUCGGCGGCCGCGAACGACGCGGACGACGAGGCGCGAUUCUUGAAGGCGUCCGAUUCCGAGAUCGACCGUCAGACCACCGCGGUGUUAGCGCACGAGCAGCUCGUCGGCGCGCUCGCGACCGCGUGCCCGGACGCGGAGACGCUCGCGUCCGACCUCGACGCGCUCGCGCCGCUCCGGCUCGUGGACGCGGGCGUGUCCCCCGAGCAUUCGAUCCAGCUGUACAAAGCCAUCUACAAGUACGCGAAAGGAUGCGACGAGGCUUUCCACGGCGUCGUCUCGAGAGUCUUCGCGGGUUCGGACCAGGACAGCAGGGACGAGAGCCUGCACGCGGUGUGGCGCGUCGCCGGCGCGACGUGGGAGGCGUCCGCGGGCGCGGCGUUCCCGUCGCAGAUUGGACGUCUUCGCGCCGUGGAGCCGGAGCUGGACGAGAUGACGUCGGCGGUGAACCGCCUCAGCGCCGAGCUCGCGGAGGCGACCGCGCUGCUUGAGAGCGCCAGGGCGGAGAGCGCGUCGAGGCGAGAGGAGAUGGAGCGCCUCUCGCCGUACGUGGGGCGCGCGGAGGACGCGGCGCGGCGCGCGGAGGCGGGCGAGGCGGAUCGCGACGCGUGGCGGGAAAAGUGCGAAUUCCUGGAGACGGAGCUCGAGCAGACGAAGGAGACGCUCGGCGCGGAGGGCGCGAUCCGCGCGGAGAUCAAGUCCGAGAGCGACCGAAUCGAGCGCGAGCUGCGCGCGGAGUUGAAGUACGUCGCCGAGCACUCCGCGAAGAAGUACGCCGCCGCGGAGGCGAACUGGGCGAGAGAACGCGUUAAAUUGGUGGACGACGUCGCCGUCGCCGAGUCGACCGAGCACGCCGCGCGAGAGGCGGAGAAGGACGCCAAGGCGAUCACGGGGACGCUCAAGGCGGACAUCGCGUUCUUGAGGGAGAAACGGUCGGGCGCGGAGAAGGAACGCGUCGCCGCGAUCGCACGCGCGGCGCAGGCGGAGGAACUCGAGGCGAGGGCGACGGAACAGAGAGACGUCGCGAGGAAAGACUUCGCGGAGAAGAAAGCCGAGGCGGAGUCGCUCGCGGCGUCGCUGAAGGACAUGACGGAGAAGCACGAGUCCGCGGUCGGGAGGCUGUUUUACACCACGACGCGUCUGGAGCAGCAGAAGAGGAAGGUUGAGGAGCUGGAGACGCGAGGGGAUAACAUGCAGCUCUCCGUCGCCAUCGAGCGCGCGUACGACCAAGAGAACCGCGCGGACGAGGCGGAGAGGGAGCUCGCGGCCACGAAGAAGGAGCUGAAGGAGCUCAAGGCGCUGAUGAAGGAGUUCGAGGCGAAGUUCGCGGAGGAGAAGCGGCGCGCGGACGACGCGGAGGCCAAGGUGGAGGGCCUCGAGGCGACGGUGGCGCACCUCACGACGGAGAACGACCGCCUCACCGCGGAGAUUGUCGCGCUGACCGAGCAGCUCGACGUCUUGAAAGCGAAGAUCGCCGAGCUCGAGACGAGGAUCGAGGAGCUCGAGACCGAGGUGGCGACGCUCAAGGAGGAGGUCAAGUUCCAAAAGAAACGCGCCGACGCGUUGUCCAAGCAGGUGAAGAAGAUGAAGAAAGAAAUCAUCAAAACCGACGAGGCGCACGACCGAGGCGCGUCGCGCCUCGUCGACGGCGACAAGAACGUCACGCGCAUGGACGCCGCGAAGCUGCGCGCGGCCGCGGUCGAGGAAGCGGAUGCGGCCGGCGACAGCGCGGCGCCGAAGAGCACGAAGAUUGCGGGCGCGGCGGCGACGGCGCGCGGCGUCGACGACGCGUUCGGCGCGCAGGACGCCAAGUGGGACGCGGUGAUUCAAAACGUCGCGACGUUCGCCGCGAGCGUGGACGACAAGCUGGACGGCGCCGCGACCGCGUUCGCGGAGUGGAGCGACGCGUCGACGAGCAUCGCGAGGGUGGCGAUCGAUAAGGCGAACGGCGCCGUCGCGGAGCUCAAGGCGACGCUCGCGGCGUUGAGGACGACGAAAGCGGAGCUGGAGAGGACGAAAGCGGAGCUGGAGAAGACGCUGAGAGAGCUCGCGGACGCGAAGGAGGACUUGGAGAAGACGAAAGCGGAGCUCAAGAAAAAGACGAACGAGCUCGAGGAAACGAAGACGACGAUUUACACCCUCGAGCAGCGCGCGGAUGAGCUCGAGGAGGGCAAGGCGGCGGCUGAGAAAAAAGCCGCGGACGAGCGCGCCGGGCGAAUGAAAGCGCAGUUCGUCGGCGCGUCCAUGCGCGCGAUGAAGGACAAGCACCGCGACGACGCGGAGAAGAACGCGGACGAGGCGGCGAGGCUCAGCGCGGACGUCGCGGCGCUGGAGGAGUCCGCGGAGAGGGACAAGGAGUCGCGAGCCUCCGCGCACGCCGCGCACGCGACGACGAAGAUGCGCCUCGGGUUGCUCAAGGCGGGCAUCAUGGGCGCGGGCGGGGGGGGACCCGGAGGCGGCGGAGGAGGAGACGCUCCGCAAGGGCCGCAGUCGUUCGUGAGCAAGGCGCGGAUCAUGGAAGGCACCCCGGAGAGUAUGGUACCGUACAUGAGCAACCUCGCGGACGAGUACGUCGACGCGUCCGUCGCGUUGAAAGAAGGCGCCUCCUCGCAGUGA